CCUGCUCUCAUUCGUUUGUUGCAGUCGAAGGAUAACGGGUGGUACAUUUGCGAGCACAGGGACAACCACAGUCAUGAUUUGUCUGCCUCUUUUGGCGAGCGAGCGCAUUGGCUGUCGCACAAACACAUUGAUAGCUACACUAAAGAUCUGGUCAAACAGCUGCAGGAGAAUAACGUGACUCUUGGCAAGGUGUACAGUAUCAUUGGAAGUUUCUUCGGGAAGAUGGAAAAUGUACCUUUCACGAAAAGGGCGUUGAGGACUUUGUGUGGUAAAAUCAGCAGUGAGCAAGCAUAUGAUGAUGUUAGGAAAACAAUAGAAGUUUUCUCGGAGAUGGGGGCAGCUGACCCUGGAUUCAGUUACAGCGUGCAAGUAGACGAUGACAGCAGGAUCAUGAACCUACUCUGGACAACUGGGAAAGGCCAGACACAGGGCACAGUACCACUAUUUUGGAGAUGCAAUCACAUUCGACACCACGUACAGAACCAAUGUAUAUGAUAUGCCAUUUGGUCUGAUUGUUGGUGUGAAUAGCCAUUUCCAUAGUGUCAUAUUCGCAGGCGUGCUGCUGCGUGAAGAGAAGGUCGAGAACUUUGAAUGGGUCUUCAGGGAGUUUGUUAAGUUGAUGAAUAGUAAAAAACCAGUAACCGUCCUCACAGAUCAGUGCAGAGCGAUGGAGGUAGCUAUUGGGAAUGUACUGUCAGCGAUGAAGCAUCGAUGGUGCAAAUGGCAUGUCUUACGGAAAGCAGAGGAGAGGCUAGGAGCCCUUUAUGGGAAGAACAACCAGUUCAAGGUUGAUUUCCACCGGAUUGUGAAUCAGAUGCUGACUAAGGAUGAAUUCGAGGCUGCUUGGAUGCAGAUGCUGAGUAUGCAUGCCUUGGAGAAGAAUCCAUAUGUGUACCAAAUAUAUGAGACCAGGGACAAGUGGGCGAAGCCGUUUUUCAGCGGAAUCUUCUGUGCUAGAAUGACCAGCACUCAGCGAAGCGAAAGUGCGAACCACAUGUUGAAGACUUACGUGCCUCCAGGCUCGGCGAUGCACGUGUUUGUUAAACAGUUUAACAAACUGUUGUACGAUAGGAAUGCGGAGGAGAGCUUCCAGGAGAAGCGGACACAUCUGGUAAUCCCGCAUAUAUUAUCCAUGUGCCCCCACACCGCCCCUGGACUGCAAGUUUUUGACUAAUCUUUUUUCCAUAUCUUUUGUCCUGUGGAGUGGUUUACAAAGUUGGCGAACCAAUAGAGAAGCUUGCCGCGAAGAUAUAUACACGGACUAUGUUCGAGAAGUUCCAAGAGGUUAGGGUUAGCUUGCGAUUAUAUCGUAGCUUGUGCCUCACUUAAUUUUGAGAACAAACCUGUAGGAUUGGCUUGUUGUUCAAUAUCUUUGGCUAAGGCUGGUGAAAUCAAAAAGGACUUUUGGCCUGUGCCAGG